AUGCCCCCCUCCCAGGCUACCAAGCGCAUCACCCGCUCGAUGAGCAUCCGGGCCGCCAAGCGACAACGCCUCCAAGAGCAGCUGAUCUCCUUGGGAAUCGAAGAGACCUAUCCUGUCCUCCUGGCCAUCCUCUCGAUCCCUGAGCUGAUCGAGAUGCUCCCUGUUUGUAGUCUCGUGAAGCUCAAGGCGACUUCCAGCGACGUGAGGGCUCUGCUCUCGACCAAGACCGUGGGGAUUCGCAUCUGGGCCGAGUGGUUCAACAAGCAACACCACACCAGGCUCCUCUCCGAUGACUGCGUCCAACUGGUCAAGUAUUUCCCUGCUGGACCAGUUGCCUUCAACCUCAAGUGGCUCAAGUCCAUUCCGAGAUCCGUGGUUUCAGCCGAGUUCGUCCGAGUCGUCACUCGUUUCCGCCGAGACAACUCCGAGUUCCAGAUCGUACGACGACUCCUCGAGGCCAAGCACGUCCCCACUGCAAUGUGGUUUGUCAAGCGCAUGGUCUGGAAUGGCGAAAUCGUCAGCAAAUGCCUUUCCGUCUUGAGCAACAAAUCCGAGGUGCUCGACGACUUCCUCCUCGAAGAACAUGCCGUAUUCAUCAGAGGACCAUUGCUCGAGAUCAACCAGGGCGUACUUUCAGUGGCUCAAGUCGUUGGACACAUCCAACUGAAGGUCAAAUUCGCCCUCCACGAAUGCUAUCGAUAUGGCAGAGCCUCCCUGAAAGCGACAGGAAUGUCCUAUUUUUAUAUUGCAUGA